AUGUGCAAGUGCGAAGCAAGAACCCACCAGUUCCUCCUGGAACUCCCGAAAUGUGAGCACCAUCUGCAUAUCGAGGGCUCACUAUCGCCGUCUCUCCUGUUCCGGUUGGCGAAAACGAACAACAUUGCUCUCCCCAGCACAGAGAAAGACGAGUCCUUUGCGUCCCCUGAGGCACUAGAGGCUAGGUACGAGCGCUUCGUAUCCCUCAACGACUUCCUCGACUACUACUUCAUUGCUAUGUCCGUUCUGAUCACCUCUUCCGACUUCGAAUCUCUAGCAUACGAAUACUUUACACGGGCACACAAGGAUGGGGUCCACCAUGCAGAGAUAUUCUUCGAUCCACAAGCGCAUACAUCUCGGGGGGUAGCAUACAGUACAGUUGUGGGCGGAUUGGUAGCUGGGCAAGAGCGGGCUGAGAGGGACUAUGGAUUGACGUCCAAGUUGAUCUUAUGUUUCUUGAGAAACCUCCCGGUUGAGAGCGCGGAUUCCACAUACAAAGAAGCCCACGCUCUCGGGCACUUCUCAAAUGGAACAGUAGCCGGUAUUGGAUUGGAUAGCAGCGAGGUGGGAUUCCCCCCGGAGCUUUUCAGAGAGGUGUAUGAGUCUGCGGCUGCGGCUGGUAUCCGGAGAACGGCUCAUGCUGGGGAGGAGGGCGAUCAUACGUACGUUUCCCGGGCGUUGGAUAUUUGCAAGACGGAGCGGAUCGAUCAUGGGAUUCGGUUGGUGGAUGAUGAGGCGCUUUUGAAGAGGGUUGCGAACGACAAGACGUUGGUUACGCUAUGCCCGCUAAGCAAUGUACGACUGAGAUGUGUAACCAAGGUUGCUGAACUGCCGGUUCGGAAGUUUCUUGACGAGGGGGUUAGAUUCAGCAUCAACAGUGAUGAUCCGGCGUACUUUGGUGGAUAUAUAUUGGACAAUUAUUGCGCUGUUCAGGAGUCAUUCAACCUUAGCCUGAAGGAUUGGAAGUUCAUUGCUGAAGGUUCUAUCGAGGGAAGUUGGUGUAACGAAGGGAGAAAGAAGGUUCUCUUGGAGAAAGUCGAGGCCUGGGCGCUGGCAUGGAAGGAAAUGUCUUAG